UUCUUUCUAUACACCGCCAAUUUAAACGUAAUGAUAAGUGCAAUUGCUUUUUAUUAGUGCGUUCUUUUAGGAAAAUUUCCGCAGAACUUCAACAAGGCCAAUUAGUUGUUACUCAGAUUUGGUGAAAAGUGUUUAUUAAAAACAAUAAUAAUCAAUAAACAAGGAAAUAAAUAUGACAACAAAAAAACAAUUAAAUUUUCGUAAAGCUGAAAUAAAAGAUAUAAAAAUUGUCAAAGAUAUGAUACAGGAAUUGGCUAAUUUGCAUGAUGGCAUAGGCAAAUCAAAUCUAACCGAAGAAGAUCUUAUACGGGAUUCUGGUCUCAAUGGUAAUCGGGAAUGUUGUCACAUUUAUGUUUUGGAAUUAAUUGAAGAAAAUCAACCCACCAUUAUCGGAUAUGCCAUCUGUUUCUUCUCCUACUCCACCUGGCAAGGUAGAUCAUAUUUCUUAGAAGACAUUUAUGUACGUCCCAAAUAUCGUGGCAUUGGUGCCGGUGCGCGCAUAUUUUCGGAAGUUGCAGCAAAAGCUAAUGAAUUUAAAUGUAAACGUUUGGAUUUUCAUGUUUUAGCGCAUAAUCCUGCCACGAAAUUCUAUAAGAAAAUGGGUGCUAGCGAUUUAAGCGAAACAGAAGAAUGGCGUCUUUAUCGUUUAGAUUAUGACAAUAUGGGGAAAUUAUUAGAACAACUGAAAAGUGAAAAAUAAUAUGGAUUUUUAGAGAUUAGUGUGCAAGUAAAAAAUAUGAAGAAAUAUGUUGUUUAUAAAAUUGUUCAAUACUGCCAAACAUGUUGUACAUUGAUAUUUGUAGUAUAUUUUUAAAGGUUUUAUUUCACACUUUUCAAAUAAUUGAUGAAAUAUGUGUAUAUUUAAAAAAUGGCCAUCAUUUGAUGAUUAUUUUUUUUUUUUUUUUUUUGUAUUUUACCAAGAUCACACUAUUU